AUGGCGUCUAGCACACCGUCUUUUGGAGCUCGACUCUACACAGGUAUCUCUGUGACUCUCCUCACCCUGUGGGUUACAACCGCCCUAGGCUUCACUGCCCUCGACAUCCUGAACACAAGCCGCAGCCUCGUGGAACCAAUCGCCUCCGUCAGCCUGUUAACCUAUCUGAUCUGCCGCUUGAUUGCAUUAUUGCAGCCCACCCAAAAUGAUUCCAUUGCGCACCUGCUCACCGCACCCCGCCACUCUCGUCGGGAGGCAUUCGCGAUGCUCCUGUUUUGCGGUACCUGGCUGUACGAACUGGUCUACAAAGCCAUGCUGAUGUUCUUCAUGACCAUAUUCGGUGGGGCUAUCGCCGCAGCUAUCUACAAUGAUGGAUUUGAGUCUACAACGGAACAACAAACUCAUCCAAGCGAUUCGGAUGUGGCUGGGUCUGCGUUGGCAGAGAUUGAUGAAUUCAAAGAGAUGGUGGGCAUUGACCCGGUUCAACUCUUUAAGCGGAUUCCUCCCCAAUUUUUGGUUUAUUUUGCAAUUUUUGCGUGGAUAAACUUUGGGUCUUUGACUCUUUAUGUCCUUCGGCUUGCGUGGAAGUCGGUGAAGGUUGUUUUGGGUUCGCCAUCGACUACUAUCUCCCGGGAGAAAACAAUAGGUUGA